AUGGAGGUGGUCCCAGGUCUGACUGACAGACGGUUUGUGGGCGUGAUGUACUUGUGGUUUGAAGACAAGGGCUUUGGUUUCAUCGAGUGCCCAGACAUUACCAAGAAGUUUGGGCAAGAUGCGUUCCUUCAUCGAACACAACGCAAGAACUUCAAGCGUGGGCAGUACGACGCUUGUCUUAGAUGUGCACAGAGUCAUGUUGCGACCGGGGUUGGUGAUAGAUGUAUUUCAGGUUUAGUCUGGCUUGGUUUUCAUCGCCUUUCGGCAUUCGGCUCUUUGCCGAGCGAAGAUCCCCGAAGAUCCUGA